AGAUGACAACUUAACUCUUGGAAGGUAUGCUUGCCAUUUAUAUACAGAAGUUUUGAAAAAACUACCUGCAGUUGUUCGUAAGUGGUGGAAUAUUUUACCAUCUCGAAAAAAAUCGUUCUUGGAUAAACUUACGACCAACUUUGUUUCACCUUUAAUUUGCGAUGAAGAGUUAAAAUCUAUUUAUACGAAUAAGGAAAAGCAUGAAAAUAUGCAAGUCACAGUACAUUUGUCAACAAGGGAAGUAUUAGCAGUAUAUUUUGUAGAUGACGUUCGAACGGAGCUUACAAUUACGCUGUCAUCAAACUAUCCUUUGGGGCCCGUUAAAGUUGAUUGUGGAAAAAAUAUAGGGGGUCGCCUGUCUUCGCGUAAUAUAAUCAUGCAAUUGGCUUUAUUUUUAACUCACCAG